GGGGUGUGUUGUAUAGCUUUCCAAUAGACGUUUCUGUUCUUGUCGUAUGAUGAAGAUUCGUGCUGCUUGGUAAUCGUCGACAGUCAUAGGUCCCUGGCGUGAGACUUUAGAAGUUCCAAUGUUGAGAACAUUCGGUCGAUGUCGUCCCAUGAAGCGGAUAAUCCAGAUCACCACUCGAAGAAGAGUGAAGAUGGAGCUAAACCUUCCAGGGUCUAUUGUCGGCGGCUCUGGUUCUUUAGUCGAGAAUGUUAUUGUGUCGGAUUUGUCGGUGGUGACAUUGUCGUCUGUUUGCUUGCCGAUGUUGAACGAUAAUUCGUCGGGCCAGUCGUCGGAUGGUUGAACAAUCCAUUCUGG